CACACCACCGUUCUUCCCUUCAUCAUCAUCGAGAUGCGGACCACCCACCAUCGGUAUCCCAGAAGGCUUUGGGGUCUGGCCGCAGUGUGCUGCUUCGGCAUCGGAUACAUCCUCUGGACAUGUUGGGUGCACCAGGUGACGGGGGUGUGGGUUUACCCGGUGCUGGAGCGCAUCGCUCCGCUGGCUCGAGUCGUCUUCUUCAGCGUCAUGACGUCGGUGAUUUGCAUCUUCUACGUUCUCGGAGAAAUCCUCAACAGCUACAUCUGGGACCAGUCCCACACAGAAAAGGUCAAAGGUGAGUGAUCCUCUCGCGGCCGUGCGGACAUCGACGCCUCCGUCGGACAGAAGAGGACGAGUCGUGCUCCGCCCGUCCAGGACAUCACAAGAAAGAAAACAAGUGACUUUGAACUGUAUCCAUGACAACCACCAUGAAAAAACAUUUGUUAGAUGUAAAAAGAGAAAAAAGGCGACGAAGCGUCAUCUCUUCUGUUUCGUUUCACAUUUGACUUGUUUUGUGAAGGACUGAACAUCAUGUAACACACACACACACACACACACACACACACACACAGUGUUUGUCAUCUGCUUUUCUGGAACAAACUGUUAAAACAAUGUGAAUGAAUUCCAUCAUAAGCUCAAAUGAAACAUCGAUAAUGUGUCGAGCAUCAUUCCUCAUCCUGAGUCACGUCAUGAACUAGAUGUGAGUUAAUAAAGUUUGGUGGAAAAUCUUCA